AUGUAUUCAACACUGGGGCCAACCAAGGCUUCAUCGCCAUUGGAAGCGAAUAUUAUGGAUCGUGGAUCAGAAAUCCUGAAGAGUCAUCUGAAUAGAUGUGAUCAAAUGGAAAUCAUUCAAACCCGCCGUGGUUGGUGCCAAGAUGAUUUGGGCUGUGCUCCCAGAACAGAGUUCAACUACUUUGUAGGGAAAGAUCAUGUUGCAACAUCACUGGAGGAUUCCGAUCCAUGCUAUCGCAUAUUCUGCAAUGGUAUUCACCCAUUUAUAAUGGAGGUAAAGGAACUCCAUUCUGGAUUGAACAUUCUCACAGUGGAACGGCCAUUUGCUUGCCACGCGUCAAAUUGCAAGUGUUGCUGCUACCAAGAAGCUUCGUUCUUUAGUGACGAUGACUUCCUCGGACGCAUUGAAGAGCAGUUUUAUUGCUGCAUUCCUCAGUUUGUUGUGUAUGACAAUGUCAACAGACCAAUGUACAAAAUUCACCCUCCCACUUGCUGUUCUGGUAUCUUCAUUGAUUGCUGUGCUGAAGGAAACCCGUUUGGCCGCGGCUGUUGUCGGCAGUCCUUUCGAGUCUACCCUUUCUCGCAAGAGAACACCGACGAUGAUGCUCCGUUUGUCGGAAAAAUACUCAAGAAGCCCAUUUCAGUACUUGUGGAAAUGUUUACGAAUUCGGAGAUAUAUGUUCUAGACUUUCCAAGUGAUUCGAGUGCCGCACAAAAAGGCACUUUGAUCGGAUCCACCAUUUUUCUCAAUUCCAUCUUCUUCCAAGGCGAACAUUCUAAUGGUAUUGGAGCUUGA